AUGGGAGAUGCACUUCACUGUUUUGAGUACGGCGAACUAUCGUCAGCCUUGAUACGAAGAUCAGAGGCUGAUGUUCGUCGACUCCUGGGCCAGUCAUCAGACUACAUUUACGAAAGAGGCCAUCAAGGGCAAACCCCGCUGCAUAUUUCUGCUGGCUGGCCUCAGGGUUUGAACAUACUCUUCGAAUUAGCUGGUGACCUAUGUAGAUCCAUCAUCAACACUGUGGAAUCUACAGGCAUUGCGCCGAUAAACUGCGCAAUUCAUUUGCAUCAGACGGAAUCCAUCAUCAUAUUGCUGAAGCAUGGCGCGGCUAUCGAUCUUGAGGAUACAUCCGUCUAUUUCCCCACCAAUCGGGAUGGGGAAACCGACCCACAAACCAAAGAAGUUUGCGACCUCCUAGCUGCGACUCUUGCAAAUCGCAGAAAGGAGCUUCUCCAGUACGCUCUCAUGCAGCUCGCGGAGUCCGACGUAGUGCGUUUCGAUUUGCGGGAUAUAUCGAUGUUACAACACAACGCGUUCGAAGUUGUCGAGACCAUGAAAUCCAAGGGCAUUCAGCUUCCGGUGAUGUGCGGAAGCGUUAGGCAAGGGCUGGCUUCAAUGUUGCUGAUUCGUAUUGGAAUGGAUACGCACCUCUGUUGA